AUGAAGCCGAUUCUUGCGGAGGGCCUUGCACGGUGCAGCAAGACGAGGCCACUUCGAGUGGUGGACCUAGGCUCCUGCAGCGGCUUUUUCGCACUCAAAGCGGCCUACAGGCAUCCAGAAGCCGAUGUGGUUGCGAUUGAAGGCUCUGUGGGAAUUGGCAAUGGCUCUGUGGGCAUGCAGGGGACCGUGCGACAGAUUCUCAAAACAGAUGCGGUGCAGAUGCACUUGCGUUGGAUCCAGCGCCUGAAGCUCACGAACUGCUUCCUCGCGCCUGAGGUCUGGGACUACCUACACGUGUGCAACCUUGCAAAGACAAAGAGGCCUAUCUGCGAUUUCAUGUUCAUGCUUUCGGUCGUGCACCACAUCGACAACGUCUCAGUGCAGCAGUACGCAAGAGUGGGCAUGACCAGGGUCCAAGGUGGCAUUGACCUGCUGGCCAAGCUUCUGACAUUGGCACCGAGGCAUUUUGUGGAGCUUCCGAACGAACCAUGGAUGAAAGAGCUUUUCGAGAAGUAUGGGACCUCACGGGGCAUCCUCGAGGCAGCUGCCGAUGCCACCGGGCUGAAGUGGUCGCUGCGAGGCCCCAUCUUCACGGCAGAGUGGUUCGGAUCGCGGGAUACCUGGGUGCUCGAAGUGCAGGACGAAAUGGCUGAACUGGACAUUCAGUGUUGUCCCUUUCCGCUUCUUUACCGGGGAAAUGAAGUGGAUGCUGCCGUGGACGUGGCAGAGACGGAGCAGACUUCUCCUUUUCAGCAAGUCGAGGGUUGGAACUUUCCAGGAGACAACUUGCCGCUGUCGAUGAAGCUCGCCGGCGACAGCGAUGUUGCUGGCAUGGGUGGCAUGCCCGCGAUGGGCGGGCACUUGGCAAAUCCCCACUUGGGUGCAGUCGCUUCUUGUGAAAAUCUGUCGGGCCUGCUGCUCGACCCGGGGCUCUACGCGAGCGCCGCGGGCGCCUCGAGCUACGCGAGCUACGCGAAGGUCGCUCCCGAAGCGGAGCCCCGCGCUCCCGCGGGGGUGGCAGCGGCGCUCAAGGCCGCCCCCACGGCUCUGCUCCUGGCUCACUUGACCUUGCGUGAAGCGGUCGCUGAAGCGGAGGAUGCGCUUGCUGAUGUGAGGAGGGCUGCAACACAGUUGCCUGAGCCUGUUGGCGAGACGAAGCAGUAA